ACCUUAGCCUUUUUACAAACUUCAAAAAUGGAGACAACAUAACAACACACCAUCUCAUUUCAACUUCAAUGGCAAAGAAACUACACCAAAUCCAAAUGGUUCCUAUAGCUCCUUCUAGUUGGGCAUGGGGAAUAAGAACCACUUUCCAAUCCCUUGUUGCCCUUCUGGUUGGCGCCGUCAUAAUCGCCGUUUAUCUAACCCAGAACAGUGAGGAUCUUAUAGAAGAUAGAACUACGAGUAAAAUUAGUUCAGGUGACUUGUUGUCUACUUGCAAUUUAUUUUCCGGCAAGUGGGUUUUCGAUAACAAAACUUACCCUUUAUAUAAAGAGAAGCAAUGUACUUUCAUGUCCGAUCAGUUGGCUUGCCAGAAAUAUGGAAGAAAGGAUUUGAAUUACCAGAACUGGAGAUGGCAACCUCACCAAUGUGACAUUUCAAGGUUCAAUGCCACGACAUUGCUGGAGAAGCUAAGGAACAAGAGGCUUAUGUUUGUUGGGGAUUCGCUAAACAGGGGACAAUGGAUUUCGAUGCUUUGUCUUGUCGAUUCCUCCAUUUCGCCGGAUCGAAAAUUCAUGCACCAGAACGGUUCAUUGGCCACCUUCAAGGCUAUUGACUACAAUGCCACAAUAGAGUUCUACUGGGCUCCAUUACUAGUGGAAUCAAAUUCGGAUGAUCCGGUAAACCACCGGGUACCUGAUCGGAUAGUAAGAGUUCAGGGAAUUGAAAAACAUGCUAGACAUUGGACUGACGCAGACAUUCUCGUUUUCAAUAGCUACCUUUGGUGGAGAAGAUCCAAUAUGACAGUUCUGUGGGGAUCAUUUGAAAGCCCAGAUGGAAUUUACAAAGCAGUACAGAUGCCACGUGUUUAUGAGAUGGCUUUGAAGACUUGGUCUGAUUGGCUUGAAGUCCACAUUAAUCGAACCAAAACUCAAUUGUUCUUCAUCAGCAUCUCUCCAACUCACCAAAAGGCUGCAGAGUGGGGCGGAGCUGAAGAUGAAAACUGCUAUGGUGAAACAGAAGAAAUAAAGAAACAAGGAUAUAGAGGACAGGCAACAUGUCCAGAAAUGAUGGGUAUAGUGGACAGAGUGUUAGAUGACUUAAAAACAAGAGGCUUAAAUGUCCAAAUGAUUAACAUCACACAGUUAUCAGAGUACAGAAAAGAAGGUCAUCCAUCUAUAUAUAGAAAGCAAUGGGAACCAUUAACAGAAGAACAAACAUCAAACCCUAAAACUUAUGCAGAUUGUAUACAUUGGUGCCUACCUGGAGUUCCUGAUGUUUGGAAUGAGCUUCUUUAUGCUCACAUCAUUAAUCUUUGACACAAAUUUAAUCCAAUGUACCCUUUAAAAUAUUUCAGGGAACCCCACAAAUUUGGGUAUUUAUAUACAUAUGAGUGAAAAAAUUGAAUGUGCC